CAGUAACAGGAAUGUGCCACUGUUUAUGCGCUGGAAAGGGGAGUGCCAUGAGAUCUACUGAAGAGACUAUUUCUGGGGUUGCUUAUCUACACAUGCUUGCAUCCCUGCUGGAACUGAAUUAGGUGGUACAGGCCUCUUGGACCAGUAGGUAUUGGAUUUUUUCUGUACAAGGUGUACCUGGCACAGGAGCUGGAAGACGCCACAGAUCUUUCUCGGAGACGUGAAGAAACUGAGACAAUCUCCGGCCCUUCCCUUCUGUAACAGCCUGCUAUACCAUGGGAUGUAGGCAAAGCUCUGAGGAGAAAGAGGCAGCGCGGCGGUCCCGGAGGAUUGACCGCCACCUGCGCUCUGAAAGUCAGCGACAACGAAGAGAGAUUAAACUCCUUCUCCUGGGUACCAGCAAUUCUGGGAAGAGUACUAUUGUAAAGCAGAUGAAAAUCAUUCACAGUGGUGGCUUUAACUUGGAGGCUUGCAAGGAAUACAAACCUCUGAUUAUCUAUAAUGCAAUUGACUCCCUCACACGCAUCAUUCGGGCUCUAGCCACCCUUAAGAUAGAAUUUCACAAUCCUGACAGAGCAUAUGAUGCUGUGCAGCUCUUUGCCCUGACGGGUCCAGCUGAGAGCAAAGGUGAGAUUACCCCUGAGCUUCUGGGAGUCAUGAAACGGCUCUGGGCAGACCCUGGUGUGCAGGAGUGCUUCUGUCGCUCCAACGAGUACCACCUAGAGGAUAAUGCUGCAUACUACUUAAAUGACCUAGAAAGGAUCGCAGCACUGGACUACAUCCCUACAGUGGAAGACAUUCUGCGUUCUCGGGACAUGACCACAGGGAUUGUAGAAAAUAAGUUCACCUUCAAAGAGCUGACUUUCAAAAUGGUGGAUGUGGGUGGACAGAGAUCUGAACGCAAAAAAUGGAUCCACUGUUUUGAGGGGGUUACAGCAAUAAUUUUCUGUGUGGAGCUGAGUGGAUAUGACUUGAAGCUGUAUGAAGAUAACCAAACAAGUCGAAUGGCAGAAAGUUUGCGUCUCUUUGAUUCCAUCUGCAACAACAAUUGGUUUAUCAACACUUCCCUCAUCCUUUUUUUGAAUAAGAAAGAUCUGCUGGCAGAAAAAAUCCGGCGUAUCCCCUUAACAGUCUGCUUUCCUGAAUACAAAGGCCAAAACACUUACGAGGAGGCAGCAGUCUACAUCCAGCGCCAGUUUGAGGACUUGAAUCGCAACAAGGAGACCAAGGAGAUCUACUCACACUUCACCUGCGCCACUGAUACCAGUAACAUCCAAUUUGUCUUUGAUGCAGUGACAGAUGUCAUCAUUCAGAACAAUCUCAAAUAUAUUGGCCUCUGCUAAGAAUCCUUGGGCUUAAUCUGUUUUAUCGAAGCAAUUAAAAAAGAGGCUAAACACUUCCACUUCUAGUGGAAAAAAUGGGGCAAUGCUUAGUAGCCCAAGGAGAAAAAAAGGGGAAAUCUGAUAUAUGUACACAGUUCCUCUUAUGCCCCCUUAGCCUGUUAUAUUUCACAAAUAUAUGUUUUGGAGAGUGAAAGUCUCCUCUCUAAAAAAUCACACAUACACAAAAAAACAAACAACAAAAAACAAAUCCCCCCCAAAUGGAAAAAUAAACCACACACACACAUAAAAAUCCAAACAAAAAGAAAAAAAGAGAUUGAGGCCUAACUCUGUGGAGAUGUUUUCACCACAGUCACUGCACUUUUAUUCCAUUUGUUUCAUUCCAUUUCCUACAGUGGGAGUGUUAUCAUGUUCUGUGUAAGAAAUAAUUCUUCAUCCAGUUGUCCUAAAAUUUUACUGACAUGAAGAUAUAAAGCUGGUGAGUGACGGAUGAACUCAUUUGCAUGGUGUGGAGCAGAAUGGUUGUGUUGGGGAGAAAAACUAGUUCAAAUCAGAAGCUUCAAACAGGAGUGUUUAAGCAAAAUACUACUUAAAAUUGUAGAGAAUGGGCAUGCACCCACAGUACUAGUACACACAGCCAAACUAAACACACGUACAUCAUGUAUGCACAUGACUCACAGCAUAUACUAUGUACACACUUCUGCUUUACUUUAUCAUGGACACCUUGCCUGUUAAAGGAAUUGUUGGUGUGCAACUGUUCUGUGAUUUCCAAACUGACUAUCAGCAAUUUCUGCUCUUUAAGGCUUCAAAAUAUGCAGCAAAACUACAAGAAAUGAAUCUAUGAAUAGGCCAAAUUAAGGUCAGUGUUUCUUCUACUGCUAAGGAGUUUUAUACAUCGAAACAGUCUUCUUUUACAUCUUUUUUUGCCAAAUCUUGUGGUGUUUCACAAAAAAAAAAA